UUUACAAGGGGAUAGGAGCUGGUAGGAGUCAGCAUCUGGUAACAAAUAUUAAAUACACAGAAAGGGGAGAAAGUGCUUAGUAGCAGGAAAGUUUAUUAGCCCUAUUUUUAGAAUGAAAUUUUAUAAGGGAAUUGAUCUGUUAGGAAAGAUGUUGGGGGGAACCGGCAGGCAGUUUUUGGAUGUAGGGGCAGGUUUAGGGAUCUGGAUAAGAUGUUUUCACCGCCUCCCUGAACUGCAGGCUGCGGGCCAAGUGCUGGGGGACAGGAGGAGUCUUAUCCGGGGGAGUUCUGGAGAGGGGUUGAGGAGGGGACGGGGGAACGUGAAAAGAGCGGCCCUGGGAAAGAGCCUGAAGGAAAUGCCGGGCCCGGGUACCGUGACAAACCUGGUUGAGUUUUUCUGGAGGGACGGAUUCAGCCGCAUCCACGAGAUCCAGCAAAAACAUACACGUGAAUAUGGACGAAUAUUCAAAUCUCAUUUCGGGCCUCAGUUUGUGGUGUCCAUUGCUGACCGAGACAUGAUUGCACAGGUUCUUCGGAUGGAAAGAGAAGCUCCACAAAGAGCCAACAUGGAGUCUUGGCAGGAGUAUAGAGAUUUGAGAGGCAGAUCCACAGGACUAAUUUCUGCUGAAGGGGCAAAGUGGCUUACAAUGCGGAGUGCUCUUCGACAGAAGAUUCUAAAACCUAAAGAUGUGGCAGUAUACUCUGGAGGGGUAAAUGAAGUUAUUAGAGACUUGAUCAAAAGGAUCUGCACCCUCCGAUGCAGAGAAAAUGAUGCUGAAACAGUGACAGAUGUGAAUGACCUUUUCUUUAAAUAUUCUAUGGAAGCCAUUUCCACAAUACUGUUUGAGUGCCGCUUGGGAUGUCUGGAUGAUGAAGUUCCAAAGCAGACUAUGGAAUACAUUGAAGCGCUGGAGUUGAUGUUCAGCAUGUUUAAAACUACAAUGUAUGCUGGAGCCAUUCCCAAAUGGCUACGAACAGUUAUUCCAAAACCUUGGAAAGAGUUCUGCAGAUCUUGGGAUGGACUGUUCAAAUUCAGUCAAAUACAUGUGGAUAAUAGAUUAAGGGAUAUUGAAUCCAAACUAAAUAACGGAGAAGAGGUAGAAGGAGGUGUUCUUACAUGUCUUCUGCGCAGUAAAGAGCUAUCACUAGAAGAGAUUUAUGCCAACUCUACAGAACUUCUUCUUGCUGGAGUUGAUACGACUUCAUUUACUUUAACAUGGGCAACAUAUCUGUUGGCUAAGUAUCCUAAGGUUCAGCAGUCUGUGUACACUGAGAUCCUCCGAAACUUAGGAAAAGACACCAUUCCUACUGCUGAGGAUGUCCCCAAAACACCACUAAUCAGAGCAGUUCUGAAAGAAACAUUGCGGUUAUUUCCAGUUUUGCCAGGAAAUGGAAGAGUGAUCCAGGAUGACAUCAUUUUGGGAGGAUAUUUAAUUCCUAAAGGGACCCAGUUAGCUCUGUGCCAUUAUUCUACAUCAUAUGAUGAGCAGUACUUCUCUUCUGCUGAAGAUUUUAGACCAGAACGUUGGCUGAGGAAGGGAAAUAUGGAUAGGGUGGAUAACUUUGGUUCUAUACCAUUUGGAUAUGGAGUUCGCAGUUGCAUUGGCCGGAGGAUUGCAGAGCUGGAGAUACAUCUUGCACUGAUACAGUUGCUGCAAAAAUUUGAAAUUAGGCCAUGUCCUAAAACAAAAUCUGUUUAUCCAAAGACUCACGGGCUUCUUUGUCCAGGUGGGACCAUCAAUGUGUCAUUUGCAGAUCGUAAUUAAGAGCUGUUAAAUACUAAGAAGAGCUCCUCAAAAACAGGUGCUCACCUGUUAUCGAAAGACAAAGGAGAGACUUUUUGUCUGAAGAGCAAAAUUUAGUAUAACCUUUAUGAAGUUUUUAUGGAACUUCUAUUCUUUGUAGUUUAUGUUCAUAUGUAUAAAUAGUUUAGAAAUAGAAUUAUUAAAUGCAACAGCCUACCUUGCACCUUUACUGUACUGUAUAGAAAAUAGUUUUCAAUGUUGGUAUUUGUACAGAUGGAAUAUUUAAAGGAAUUCAGUGGAAAUUUUAAUCUGAUUUUGUUUUUGCUAUCCUUUUACUAUGUUAUGUCUAAAAUAGUUAUUCUACUGAACAACACACUGAUCAAUUUCUUUUUGCUAUUCUGCCUUAUGUUUUCAAAUGAAAAGCUCUUAAUUUUGCAGUGGACACAUAGGUGCUUUGAUAUUGGCUCAUGAAAUUCAAGUAUGUUCCAGGAUUCAUCACUGGACACACUAAUGAGAACACUGUAGUUUAAAGAAUUGUCCAUGCUGCUAAUAAAUCCGUUAAGACAUGCCUAUUCUGCACAUGACAAGUAUUUAGUUUUAAUAACACACUUAUUUUGUAUGUAAACAUGUUUUAGAUCUAAUUGCCUUUAUUAUGGCCCAGAAAUGGUGCAAAGUGUACAAUUGUCAUAUACAAACUUUUGCAUACAUAAAUAUUUUUUAUAUGAAGGUUACACAAAAUGGCACUAUAAUACUUUAAACUUUGAGUCACUAGUACAGUUUGAUAAAAGCCAGGAGUCCACACUGUAUCACAGCUGUCUUACAUUCUAGCAUUGGAAUAUGAACCUAUAUGGUAAUUCCACCAGCUCAUGCUGGGAGUCUGUAGUAGCACUGUCAGGGCUAGGGAUUAUAUAUUAACAAAUACCUUACAUGCCAUUAUAUUUCCAUGAGUUUUUCUCAUUAAAUCUACUUAAACCAGAAAGGUUAUAAGGAUGUUUUAAAUACAUUUGUAUUUUGCACCAUUAGGGAAUUUGGAGUAAUAGUUCCUGUUGUGUUCCUCCCUAUUUUUAAAAGAAGUCUUUAUUGUACAUUUAUUCUUCAUUAUGAAUUGUAAAAUAUUUUUCUGAACAAGAUGCAGUAGUUUUUCUGUUAAUAUUGUCUAAUAUUUCCUACACAUUUUAAAGUUUGCAAUUUAGCCACAUGGGCCAUUAAUUGUAUUUACUUAAAAUGACCAAUAUUGGCAGUGUGUAAAUUAAAAGUUAUUGUUCCUCUGAAAAUCCAUAAGUUUUAAAACUAUUGACAGAUUUAGGAAUAUUAUAUGGAAAAUGAAUUCAUGCCAGUGUGUCUAUUUUUCUGCAAUUACCUACAGAUCCUGCAAAACUAGGCAAAGGCUUCCAUAGGUUAUUUUAUGUUUUAGUAGAUUCAUCACCUAAACACUGUAGCAAAGCUUUUAUUUAAAGAAUUCAACGUCAUAUAGAUCUAUCUUUAUACAUCAGGAAUCAUUAAAAAAAAUUGACUAAAUAAACUUAUCUGCAAAUAAGAGGAAUAUCAAGAUGCAAAAAUAGGUUUCUGAUUUAUUCUAGUAUGUAAUUUAGGAAGGAAAAAAAAACUUUCCAAUUUACUAUUAUCAAAUUUGCUCUCUUCCUUGUUUGAAGAAUAAAUCUAGGUAGGCACAUAGGAGCUCAGGAGGGUUUAUUUGUCUUUAGCAUUCUGUGACAGUAGUGUUUGCAAUAAUGUUGCAAAAGACUUCUGCAUGUUCUUGAGAUCCUAUUAGUCUGAGUUUACUCUUAAAGGGAUACUGAACCCAAUUUUUUUAUUUCAUGAUUCGAAUAGAACAUGCAAUUUUAAGCAACUUUCUCAUUUACUCCAAUUAUCAAUUUUUCU